CUGCAAUGAUAUAAGCAACGCGCGGUAUGCCAUAAAACGCUCACAGGAAGUCCUUUGCUCGUUGCAGAGUAGAUCAUGGCCUACUGUUCUAAGAAGAACAUCCUCCAGUGCCCUGCUCUUCUCCAGUAUAUACUGGAAGAGAAUUCGUAUCCGAGAGAGCACGAACAGUUGAAGGAACUCAGAGAAGCCACGUUAGAAACGUUAAAGUCAUGGAGCGUGAUGAGCGUACCGGCGGAUCAAGGAUUGUUUCUAUCGAUGCUUCUGAAACUGAUGAACGCGAAGAAAACGAUAGAGAUCGGCGUAUUCACUGGCUAUUCGCUCCUAGCCACUGCGCUAGCACUGCCCGCUGAUGGUCAGAUUAUGGCUGUUGAUGUGAACAAAGAAUCAUUUGAGGUUGGCUUACCAUUUAUAAAAAAAGCCGGAGUUGAUCAUAAGAUCAAUUUUGUAGAAGCACAGGCGUCGGUCUUUCUCAACGACCUCAUCAAUGAUGGAAAAGAAGGAGAAUUUGAUUUUGCAUUUGUGGAUGCUGUGAAAGGAGAAUACAUUAAGUACCACGAGUUACUUUUGAGAUUGGUGAAAGUAGGUGGAAUAAUUGCAUAUGACAAUACUUUAUGGUAUGGAUCAGUGGCACAAAAUGAUGACGUCGUUCCUCAUGAUUUGAAAGCUAAUAGAAGUCAUAUACGAGAAUUCAAUGCUUUUUUAGUUAAUGAUUCACGUGUGGAGAUAGCUCUCCUCUCCAUUGGAGAUGGCCUCACUCUUUGCCGACGUAUCAAGUAAUCUGUUCAUCCCUUCUACCCUUUGGAGACUAUGGUUUUAAUGACAAAUUAGCUCAAAAGCGGGUCGAAUUAGUUCUUUACAAGACCUUUUUUAUAACGCCUUUUUUAAGGCUUUUUAAAGAAUAAGCCAUGAAUGGUGAAUUUUAAAAUGUUUUUAGUUCAAUAACAAAUUAUGGGACAAUGCGGGGUUGGGGUCUCUCCAUUUAAACAAAAAUACUUCUCUCAUUCGCGAUGGAUCUUAUCUUCAGCCUCGUGAUUUAAAUAAACAUCAUUAUUUGUCUUUAGCUUUUAAAA